AAAAAUCCCGUCGUCUCCUUCGUGUUCGAGAUUUGAUAUCGAAUCAGAGGAUAAGAGAAUGGCUCACAGAAUACUGAGAGAUCACGAAGCUGAUGGGUGGGAACGCUCUGAUUUCCCAAUCAUCUGCGAAUCUUGUCUCGGUGACAACCCCUACGUGCGAAUGACUAAAGCGAAUUAUGAUAAGGAAUGCAAGAUUUGUACACGACCUUUCACGGUGUUUAGGUGGCGACCUGGCCGCGAUGCUAGAUACAAGAAAACCGAAAUUUGUCAGACUUGUUGCAAGCUGAAAAAUGUAUGUCAAGUCUGUCUUCUGGAUCUUGAGUAUGGUCUUCCAGUUCAAGUCAGAGACACAGCACUCAACAUUAGUACUCAUGACUCUAUCCCUAAAAGUGAUGUCAACAGAGAGUACUUUGCUGAAGAGCACGACAGGAAGACUAGAGCUGGACUGGAUUAUGAAUCUUCAUUCGGGAAGAUGCGGCCUAAUGAUACUAUUUUAAAGCUUCAAAGAACAACACCAUACUAUAAGAGGAACCGAGCACAUGUUUGUAGUUUCUUCAUCAGGGGUGAGUGUACAAGAGGUGCUGAAUGUCCAUACCGGCAUGAGAUGCCCGAAACAGGAGAGCUAUCCCAGCAAAACAUUAAAGACCGUUAUUAUGGUGUUAAUGAUCCAGUUGCUAUGAAGUUGCUCGGCAAAGCUGGUGAGAUGGGCACUUUGGAAUCACCAGAUGAUGAAAGCAUUAAAACGCUUUACGUCGGUGGACUUAACUCGAGAAUCCUCGAGCAGGACAUAAGAGACCAGUUCUAUGCUUAUGGUGAAAUCGAAUCCAUCAGAAUCUUGGCUGAUAAAGCUUGUGCGUUUGUCACAUACACAAGCCGAGAAGGAGCAGAGAAGGCCGCACAAGAGCUCGCCAACAGGCUAGUUGUCAAUGGUCAGAGGCUAAAACUCACAUGGGGAAGACCCAAACCUGAUCAAGAUGGUUCAAACCAACAAGGCGGUGUGGCUCAUAGUGGUUUACUACCUCGAGCCGUUAUAUCUCAGCAGCAUAAUCAACCCCCACCAAUGCAACAGUACUACAUGCAGCCACUACCAGCUAACCAAGACAAACCUUAUUACCCAUCAAUGGACCCACAGAGAAUGGGUGCAGUCAUUUCAACCCAAGAGGCUGGUGGUUCAAGCACUGAGAACAACGGAGCUUCAUCUUCUUCUUACAUGGUGCCUCCACACCAGCCAUACCCACCACCACCAUAUGGAUAUAUGCCAUCGCCUUACCAGCAGCAGUAUCCUCCUAACCAUCAUCAUCAUCCUGGUCCUAUGCAGCACUAUGCCCCGCCCCCAGCAGCUUACCCGUACCCACAGCAACCUGGUCCUGGAUCAAGGCCUGCACCGUCUCCAAGCUCGGUCUCUGCUCCAUCACCCGACUCUGCACCUACUGGGUCUGGAGCACCUUCAGGAUCCUCUCAAGAACCGCCUGCUGUUUCUACUACUACUGGUUCGUCUCAGUAGAGAACAAUUCUCGCUUAAAAUGUACUGCAAGUUUCCCGCUAUUCAUCAUGCUGGAAGGUUUUGUACUCUGAAUGAAUCAUUUUCUGCUGC